AAUGGUGUUGAGAUCAAAGACGAUUAUGCUGACAAAAUUACCAAGAAGUUCUGCGCAAAGCUUGAAUCUCAUGAUUUCAGCCGAGCAAAUGAAGCUGCUAAGGUCAUCAACGACUUCGUGGAUGAGAGUACAGAAGGAAAAAUCAGGGAAAUUGUCAAGGCUAAUGCUUUACAAGACGCAAUCUCGAUCAUUAUCAAUGCCAUAUACUUCAAAGCAGAAUGGGAUGUCAAAUUUAGAAAUUGCUACAAUAGCACUGGCAAAUUCUACAGUGCGCCAGACAGGGAACGCGAGGUGGAGUACAUGAGACAAGCAAAUACUCAUAGGCUCUACGCAGAAGACGAUGACGCGCAAGUGUUGUCUUUGUUGUACAAAGACAAGACAUACGCAUUCAACAUAAUUUUACCAAAGAACAGGUACGAACAAUUUGGUUAA